AUGCGGGCACGCGGCUGGGGGCGCCUGCCUGGGCGGCUGCUACUACUGCUUCUUCUGUGCGUGCAGGCGGCGCGGCCCAUGGGCUAUUUCGAGCUGCAGCUGAGCGCUUUGCGGAACGUGAACGGGGAGCUGCUGAGCGGCGCCUGCUGUGACGGUGACGGCCGGACGACGCGCGCGGGGGGCUGCGGCCGCGACGAGUGCGACACGUACGUGCGCGUGUGCCUUAAGGAGUACCAGGCCAAGGUGACGCCCACGGGGCCCUGCAGCUACGGCUACGGCGCCACGCCCGUGCUGGGUGGCAACUCCUUCUACCUGCCGCCGGCGGGCGCUGCGGGGGACCGAGCGCGGGCGCGGUCUCGGACCGGCGGCCACCAGGACCCGGGGCUCGUCGUCAUUCCCUUUCAGUUCGCCUGGCCGCGUUCUUUCACCCUCAUCGUGGAGGCCUGGGACUGGGACAAUGACACCACUCCAGAUGAGGAGCUGCUGAUUGAGCGGGUGUCCCACGCCGGCAUGAUCAACCCUGAGGACCGUUGGAAGAGCCUGCACUUCAGCGGCCACGUGGCCCAUCUGGAGCUGCAGAUCCGAGUGCGCUGUGACGAAAACUACUACAGCGCCACCUGCAACAAGUUCUGCCGGCCCCGCAACGACUUCUUCGGCCACUACACCUGCGACCAGUAUGGAAACAAGGCCUGCAUGGAUGGCUGGAUGGGCAAGGAGUGCAAAGAAGCCGUGUGUAAACAAGGGUGUAAUUUGCUCCACGGGGGAUGCACCGUGCCUGGGGAGUGCAGGUGCAGCUAUGGCUGGCAGGGCAAGUUCUGUGACGAGUGUGUCCCCUACCCUGGCUGCGUGCAUGGCAGCUGUGUGGAGCCCUGGCACUGUGACUGUGAGACCAACUGGGGUGGCCUGCUCUGUGACAAAGACCUGAACUACUGUGGCAGCCACCACCCCUGUGUCAAUGGGGGUACCUGUAUCAACGCUGAGCCUGACCAAUACCUCUGCGCCUGCCCAGACGGCUACUUGGGCAAGAACUGCGAGCGGGCUGAGCACGCCUGUGCCUCCAACCCGUGCGCCAACGGGGGCUCUUGCCAUGAAGUGCCAUCUGGCUUUGAAUGUCACUGUCCAUCAGGCUGGAGUGGACCCACCUGUGCACUUGACAUUGAUGAGUGUGCCUCUAAUCCAUGUGCAGCAGGCGGCACCUGUGUGGAUCAGGUGGACGGCUUUGAGUGCAUCUGCCCAGAGCAGUGGGUGGGGGCUACUUGCCAGCUGGACGCCAAUGAGUGUGAAGGGAAGCCGUGCCUUAAUGCUUUUUCUUGCAAAAACCUGAUUGGCGGCUAUUACUGUGAUUGCCUCCCGGGCUGGAAGGGCAUCAACUGCCACAUCAACAUCAACGAUUGUCACGGGCAGUGUCAGCACGGUGGCACCUGCAAGGACCUGGUGAAUGGGUACCAGUGUGUAUGCCCACGGGGCUUCGGAGGCCGGCACUGCGAACUAGAGUACGGCACGUGUGCCAGCAGCCCCUGCCGUCGGGGUGGCAUCUGCGAGGACCUGGUGGAUGGCUUCCGCUGUCACUGCCCACGGGGCCUCUCUGGGCCGUUCUGUGAGGCGGAUGUGGAUCUCUGCGAGCCAAGCCCCUGCCUCAAUGGUGCUCGCUGCUACAACCUCGAGGGUGACUACUACUGUGCCUGCCCAGAAGACUUUGGUGGGAAGAACUGCUCGGUGCCCAGGGAGACAUGCCCUGGCGGGGCAUGCAGAGUGAUUGAUGGCUGCGGGUUCGAGGUAGGGUCCAGGGCACAUGGUGUGGCGCCCUCUGGCAUCUGCGGCCCUCACGGGCACUGUGUCAGCCUGCCCGGGGGAAACUUCUCUUGCAUCUGUGACAGCGGCUUCACAGGCACCUACUGCCAUGAGAACAUUGACGACUGCAUGGGCCAGCCCUGCCGCAAUGGGGGCACGUGCAUUGAUGAAGUGGACUCCUUCCGCUGCUUCUGCCCCAGUGGCUGGGAAGGCGAACUCUGUGACAUCAAUCCCAACGACUGCCUUCCCGACCCCUGCCACAGCCGCGGCCGCUGCUAUGACCUGGUCAAUGACUUCUACUGCGCCUGUGACGAUGGCUGGAAGGGCAAGACCUGCCACUCCCGCGAGUUCCAGUGCGACGCCUACACUUGCAGCAACGGCGGCACGUGUUAUGACAGUGGUGACACCUUCCGUUGCGCCUGCCCUCCAGGCUGGAAGGGGAGCACCUGCACCAUCGCCAAGAACAGCAGUUGUUUGCCCAAUCCCUGUGUGAAUGGAGGCACCUGUGUGGGCAGUGGAGACUCUUUCUCCUGUAUUUGCCGGGAUGGCUGGGAGGGCCGCACCUGCACACACAACACCAAUGACUGCAACCCUCUGCCCUGCUACAACGGAGGCAUCUGUGUUGAUGGUGUCAACUGGUUCCGCUGCGAGUGUGCACCUGGCUUUGCGGGCCCCGACUGCCGUAUCAACAUUGACGAGUGCCAGUCCUCGCCCUGUGCUUACGGAGCCACGUGUGUGGAUGAGAUCAACGGGUACCGCUGCAACUGCCCACCAGGUCGUUCUGGCCCUAGAUGCCAGGAAGUGGUCGUAGUCAGGAGGCCCUGCUGGUCCCGGGGCAUGCCCUUCCCACAUGGCAGUUCCUGGACAGAAGACUGCAACAGCUGCCGCUGCCUGGACGGCCACCGGGACUGUAGCAAGGUGUGGUGUGGAUGGAAACCUUGUCUGCUGUCUGGCCAGCCCAAUGCUCUGAGUGCCCAGUGCCCACCAGGGCAGCAGUGCCAGGAGAAGACCCUGGGUCAGUGUUUGCAGCCACCCUGUGAGAACUGGGGGGAGUGUGCAGCUGAGGAACCCCCGCUACCCAGCACCCCCUGCCUGCCACGGACCACCCAUCUGGACAACAAUUGUGCGCGCCUCACACUGCACUUUAACCAUGACCAAGUACCUAAGGGCACCACCGUGGGCGCCAUCUGCUCUGGAAUCCGAGCCCUGCCUGCCACGAGGGCGGUGGCACGCGACCGCCUCCUGCUGCUGCUCUGUGACCGUGCGUCCUCAGGGGCCAGUGCUGUGGAGGUGGCUGUGUCUUUCAGCCCUGCAAGGGACCUGCCUGACAGCAGCCUGAUCCAGAGCACAGCCCAUGCCAUCGUGGCUGCCAUCACUCAGCGAGGGAACAGCUCGCUGCUGCUGGCUGUCACCGAGGUCAAAGUGGAAACAGUUGUUUUGGGAGGCUCUUCCACAGGUCUGUUGGUACCUGUUCUGUGCAGUGUGUUCAGUGUGCUGUGGCUUGCCUGUGUUGUUAUCUGCGUGUGGUGGACACGAAAGCGCAGGAAAGAGCGUGAGAGGAGCCGGCUACCACGGGAUGAGAGUGCCAACAACCAGUGGGCCCCGCUCAAUCCCAUCCGCAACCCCAUUGAGCGGCCAGGCAGCAGUGGUCUGGGCACUGGGGGCCACAAGGACGUACUCUAUCAGUGCAAGAACUUCACACCGCCACCCCGCAGGGCAGGCGAGGCACUGCCCGGGCCAGCUGGCCACGGGGCUGUUGGAGAGGACGAGGAGGAUGAAGAGUUGGGCCGUGGAGAUGGGGACUCUCCGGAGGCAGAGAAGUUCCUCUCACACAAAUUCACCAAAGACCCCAGCUGCUCCCUGGGAAGGCCAGCCUGCUGGGCUCCAGGGCCCAAAGUGGACAACCGUGCAGUCAGAAGCACCAAGGAUGUGCACUGUGCUGGCAGGGAGUAG